GGACAGUAUUGCAGAUAUAUAAGUGCGGAGGAGUGUGUCGCCUCCAUGUUCAGUCAAGAUGGAGAGGCGGCACUUUGCGCUGUUGACCGUCCUGGCGGCGCUUUGCGAGGUAGUGUUCGGCGGCGUGGUGGAUGGAAUUAAGCGACAGGAGACAGUGUUGGAGUGCGGAGACUCUCUGACCCUCGACUUCACGGACAGAAUGCCGACGGUCCAUUGUUCUUCGCCGUGUCCUGAUGUGAACACGGUUGCCGCCGGACCAGUGUUCAGGCGAGAAGCUCGUCUGGAGGAGUAUGGCUUGAUGGUGCGGCAGGACUAUGGCAAGAACGGCGCGGUGACUUGCUCGCUCGUCAAUAUCAUUUCAGACUCUCUCGCUCUACAGUCAUCUCUCCAGGCUGAGGCUUGUGACUCAGUGCCUCCUUUCAUCAUCACCUCUCCUGGGACUGAACUAACUGGCACUGUCAGUGGAAGCUCUUCUGUGACACCGACUGGCACUGGAGGCUUUACUGUGACACCGAUUGGCACUGGAAGCUCUAAUGAGACACCAACUGGCACUGAAGGCUCUACUGUGACACCAACUGGCACUGGAGGCUCUACUGUGUCACCAAUUGGCACUGGAGGCUCUACUGUGACACCAACUGGCACUGGCACUGGAGGCUCUACUGUGACACCAAAUGGCACUGAAGGCUCUACUAUGACACCAACUGGUACUGGCACUGGAGGCUCUACCGUGACACCAACUGGCACUGGAGUCUCUUCUGUGACACCAUCUGGCACUGGCACUGGAGGCUCUAUAGUGACACCAACUGGCACUAGUACUGGAGGCUCUACUGUGACACCAACUGGCACUGGAGGCUCUACUGUGACACCAACUGGUACUGGCACUGGAGGCUCUUCUGUGACAUCAACUGGCACUGGUACUGGAGGCUCUACUGUGUCACCAACUGGCACUGGAGGCUCUACUGUGUCACCAACUGGCACUGGAGGCUCUACUGUGACAUCAACUGGCACUGGCACUGGAGGCUCUACUGUGUCACCAACUGGCACUGGAGGCUCUACUGUGACAUCAACUGGCACUGGCACUGGAGGCUCUACUGUGUCACCAACUGGCACUGGAGGCUCUAUUGUGACAUCAACUGGCACUGGCACUGGAGGCUCUACUGUGUCACCAACUGGCACUGGAGGCUCUACUGUGACAUCAACUGGCACUGGCACUGGAGGCUCUACUGUGACACCAACUGGCACUGGCACUGGAGGCUCUACUGUGUCACCAACUGGCACUGGAGGCUCUACUGUGUCACCAAUUGGCACUGGAGGCUCUACUGUGUCACCAACUGGCACUGACACUGGAGGCUCUACUGUGACACCAACUGGCACUGGCACUGGAGGCUCUACUGUGUCACCAACUGGCACUGGCACUGGAGGCUCUACUGUGUCACCAACUGGCACUGGCACUGGAGGCUCUACUGUGCCACCAACUGGCACUGGAGGCUCUACUGUGACAUCAACUGGCACUGGCACUGGAGGCUCUACUGUGUCACCAACUGGCACUGGAGGCUCUACUGUGACAUCAACUGGCACUGGCACUGGAGGCUCUACUGUGUCACCAACUGGCACUGGCACUGGUGGCUCUACUGUGACAUCAACUGGCACUGGAGGCUCUACUGUGUCACCAACUGGCACUGGAGGCUCUACUGUGACACCAACUGGCACUGGAGGCUCUAUUGUGACACCAACUGGCACUGGCACUGGAGGCUCUACUGUGUCAACAACUGGCACUGGAGGCUCUACUGUGACACCAACUGGCACUGGAGGCUCUACUGUGUCAACAACUGGCACUGGAGGCUCUACUGUGUCACCAACUGACACUGGCACUGGAGGAACUUCUGUGACACCAACUGGCACUGGAGGCUCUACUGUAUCACCAACUGCCGCAGGCACUGGUGGUUCUACUGUGACAUCAACUGGGACUGACAGUGGAGGCUCUAAUGUGACACCAACUGGCACUGGCACUGGAGGCUCUACUGUGUCACCAACUGGCACUGGCACUGAAGACUCUACUGUGUCACCAACUGGCACUGGCACUGGAGGCUCUACUGUGUCACCAAUUGGUACUGGCACUGUAGGCUCUACUGUGACACCAAGUGGCACUGGCACUGGAGGCUCUACUGUGUCACCAACUGGCACUGGAGGCUCUACUGUGACACCAACUGGCACUGGCACUGUAGGCUCUACUGUGACACCAAGUGGCAUUGGCACUGGAGGCUCUACUGUGUCACCAACUGGCACUGGCACUGGAGGCUCUACUGUGACACCAACUGGCACUGGCACUGGAGGCUCUACUGUGACACCAACUGGCACUGGCACUGGAGGCUCUACUGUGUCACCAAUUGGUACUGGCACUGUAGGCUCUACUGUGACACCAAGUGGCACUGGCACUGGAGGCUCUACUGUGUCACCAACUGGCACUGGAGGCUCUACUGUGACACCAACUGGCACUGGCAUUGGAGGCUCUACUGUGACACCAACUGGCACUGGCACUGGAGGCUCUACUGUGACACCAAAUGGCACUGGAGGCUCUAGUGUGACACCAACUGGCACUGGCAUUGGAGGCUCUACUGUGACACCAACUGGCACUGGUACUGUAGGUUAUUCUGUAACACCAACCACAGCCACUGGAGGCUCUUCUGUCACCACUACCAUCAUUCCAGACUGCGCUGAUAACAUGGACACUAUUGAGUCUGUUUCUGACGAUGGGCAGAGCCAACACAUCACUACUCCACCUUCCACCGUGACAACCUCUCUCACUACAACCCUCCGUACCACUACCACCACCACCCCUCGCCCCACCACCCUUCGGUAUGAGUGUCCCAGUGGCUUUGAGAGCUUCAAUAUUUCCUGCUACCACGUGUCUGCUGAGGAAGGUACGUGGGAGGAUGGGAGGAAUUACUGCGCGUCUAAGAACAGCAAAUACGUCACCAUUACCAACGACAACGAGUUCAGUUUCGUAAAAAGUCUUCUGAGCACGGACACUUGGAUUGGCCUCAACGACAGAGAGAAUGAAAAUACCUUCAUCUGGGAUUCCGACGGCAGUGCUCUCGGCUACCAAAUGUUUGCUUACGGCGAGCCAAACAACGGUAUAAUUUACAGCGAGAAUUGCGUCGAGAUGCGAGAGGGGAAAGAAUUCAUGUGGAACGACGAGAGUUGCGGGUCUUCGAGAAGAUUUGCUUGUGAAGUGAGCCCAACAGAGUACCGAGGAUAAACCAUCUCAAGCGGUACUCGAGGUCCUGAAAUUUGGUCAACGUCGAGAGAAAAUUAACUCCAAAGAACUUCACAUUCUAAUAUCAACAAGAAAAAAAAAUCAGUAGGAAUGGAAACCCCAAAGAAGCAACAUUCGAAGGUUCUAAAGUUCAUCCAUCAAGAUAUGAACAUCCUAAUUUGUACACGAAAAACUAUCUUGAAUAGACCAGAGUAUGGAAACCGCAACAAGCAACAUUGAGAGGUUUUUAAAUUCCAUGAAAGGACAGUAAGAAAAUGGACUGAAAGGUUUCAAGAUACAUCGCCAAUUUUUCAUAAUGUUUUUGGUUCUUUCCUUUCGGUGCUGGCAGCUCAGUGGGUUUUUUUCCUAAGUUUUUGUAGGUCUUGACCAAUGUACCUCUUACGUGAUAAAAAUAUCAUGUACCAGGAGCAAACAAGAGGAAGACUAACAUCAAGACGUAACUGCAGCUCCUCAACUGCGGUUAGAAAUGAAGUGAUGAGUAUCUGGCUUGGUUUUAUUUCUGCCUCGCCACCACCACAUCCACAUUGACUGAAUGGUGGUUAAGAUACAUUUCUCUUCGAACGUUUUCAUAGCGCACCUACGUAAUGCCAAUAUUGAACUCUCGAAAAACAUGUUGAGACUUAUGUUGGAAUUCUUAUAAUAGUUAUAUCCUCCAGUGUCUGAUUUGUUGGAAAUUUACGAUAAAACAGCUAUCUUCGAACGUUUUUUGUCAUAUAUGAGGUAUGAUGGUAUUGUAAAUCUACAUCGACUUCGCAUUUCAGUUUAUGGAUUUUAAUCUAAGGUCAAAGGAGCAAUGUAAUAGAAAACAAUCAGCAGAAUGACAAAUGCUUAGGUAGAAAAAAUGCAGGACGAUGAGACAGAUGGAUGUUGAAUAAAUGUUGCCAUCACU